UCAAUGUUUAAUAUGUUAUAUAUAUCGUUGGAAUAAAAUAGAUAUUAAUAGUUUUAUAACGUGAGCAUUUUAAUAAAAUUAAAAUUCAAAGUAAUAAGAUCCAUAUUACUGUGCGAAUGUCACGAGAUGUGGCCGUUUUUGAUCUAACCUCAAUAUAUAUUCAAAAUUUUACCAUGAGGUGUGUUGAAUGGCAGAAUAAACUGGAUCCAGUCGAAAGCACUUAAAACUACAAACAAGAUUUGGACAUAAAAGGAUAAAUAAUUUGUACAUUCGUCUUGUGAAAACAUAUUUGUUUAAUAUAGAUUAAAUAAUAACAACAAUAACAGUAGUAGUAACAACGACAAGCAAGAUGUAUCCCGCUAAUCACAAGACUGUAUUUGUGUUGGAUCAUACCCCGUACUUUGGAAUUUCUACAGAGUGUCCGUUAGAAUUUGAUUUUCUAAAGGGCAGAGGCCAAAAUCUGAUUCCAUUAGCACCAAUUUGCAAAUCGCUAUGGACUACUAGUGUUGAGGCCUCAUUGGAGUAUUGCCGUAUUGUAUGGGACCUGUUUCCCAUGGGCAAAUUGAUUAGGUUUGUGGUGACAGACCGUGCUGCCUAUGUACUAAACUCAUGGAGCCCGUCCCAGCAGAACUUGAAUCAUAUAAUGAAUGGCACUGCAAUCUUGGGAGUGCCGACAAAGACACCAGAACCUGGAGAAGACUAUUCAGUAGUACAUGGCUUACGUGUGGCAAUUGGGACUCUGAAUGAGUGUUCUGAUAUACAACAUGAGAAAAGAACAUCUUUAAAUGAAAACACUAAUAAUCUAAUAAACAGGGGCAGAGUUAUAUGUAUCACGAGUGCACGUGACGAUAGUAAUAUGAAGAGUUUGGAAAAUAUAUUUCUAAAUGAAUUAACGCAGGAAAAUAAGACUGCAUUAGCUUCGGACCAUUUGAUACCCAUUGAUUAUUGUCACUUGGUUAUACUAAAUAUAUUUCCCAAUAAUAUCGAACCACAAGUCACUAGUCAAGGUCCACGAGAGAUCUCACCGUUAUUAACAGUGGAAGUGCAUUCGAUCAAAGCUUCGGCUCUUUACUCCAAGUUAUCGCAUCUUAUUUUGUCUCAUUAUGAUCUAGCCAGUACCACGGUGACUGGUAUACCUAUGAAGGAAGAACAAAAUGCCAGCUCAUCUGCCAAUUACGACGUUGAAAUAUUUCAUUCUUCCGCUGCGCACGCUGUUAUAUUAAGAGGAAACCCGCAAGACUCGGCGCUAAUAAAAACUUUCAGACGUUUCGAAGAAGGCUCGGAGUACGAGACUGUAACACUCAAGUGGUGCACACCGCGCGGCUGCAGUGCAUCGGAGAUGCAAAAUUGCACAGCGAUGCACCGGAUAACACCCGUGGACGUUAACAGCAGACCAUCUUCGUGUCUGAUCAAUUUCCUUCUAAAUGGCAGAUCAGUGAUGCUUGAAAUGGCCAGAAAGACUGGUGGAAAGACCAUCUCUCACUUGUUAGCAGCACACGGGGGCGAAAUCUUUAUACACACUCUGUCCACCGCUAGAAGUGUACUUGAAGAUCCGCCUUCCAUAAGUGAAGGUUGCGGCGGUCGCGUGACCGAUUACAGAAUAACCGAUUUCGGAAAUCUCAUGCGAAAUAAUAUAUUAGUGCCACUGAAACGCAUUGCCAAUGACAAUAGCGACGGUCCGGUGGAGAAGAUGAGGUCCAGACUAGAACGCUACACGAAAUACUGGCCUAUCGCCAUCUCCAGUACCCUCCUGUUCAACGUAAAGACGGUGAUAGAUCCGCUGCCGGAACUUAUGGUAAAGGAAAAGCUCACUACGGAAGAAGUGCUGCAGUGCAAGCAGAUACUGUUCAGUUUGCUCCAACUAGAAGCGAAGCAUGAGGCAUUACCGUUGCCGAAUAUCGGCGGAAUCCGCGGUGGCAAGAGUGUGAGACGAGAAGAGCAGUAUCGUCUGCUAUGGGGAGAGGUGGAAACGUUUCUGAGACAUCACGCGAACAACUCGGCCGCGCAUACCGAAAUACUCGACUGUCUAAUAGAUAUUAAAAGUAAAGAUGAUAAGAACAAAGUAGAGUUGGACCAAGCCUUGCGAGAACUCGACGGGUUUGGGAAAGAAGAUGGAGCCGCAGGCCGGGUGAAUGUGAUCAGAGCGACGACGGACUCACCGAUGUCCCCGCCGACGUGCGCGUCGACUCUGAAGCAGCCGCCCAAAAGCAAGAGUCUGCUGGACAUCUGGCUGGAGCGCAGCGCGCCGAAAACCCCAAAGAUCGAAUUCAACGGUAGACUCAACAGCGAUGGUCUCAAGGCGAAGCUCUAUCGCAAUCUGAAGGAGACCGGGAGGGAACCCAGAGAGCCCAUUCUGGAAGGUUAAUUCCCCGACGCGAGGAAAUGCCAAGGACUUGCCGAGUGCCGGCGACGGGACAGUGUACGAUAUAUCGCGACGUAUCGCGUUGUAAAUACAAGUGAUUUUUCAUCUCGGCGGUACUGGCGGAUUUGUUGAACUGAAUUCGACGACUAACAGUUGUUGCGGACAGCUUCAUAUUGACAAUUGUCGAUUGAUAUUGUAUAUAGAACGCGCUCGACCAAUUAGUGUUUACAUUGAACGACAAACAUCUCCCGAAGCGACAAGAGCCACGUAUGUUUGCACUUUGUUCUCUCACUCUAUCGCGGGAAAUAUUUUUAUUUUCGACUUUGUACAGUGUAUUCUUCACGGUAGAAUUAUACACCGUACAAUAUCUCACGAUGUUUUCCACCUGUAUCAGCUACUCUCGCGAUGAAAGAUACAAAUGUGACACCAAUUUGCAGAACCGUGUGACCUCUCGGUGACUGCACACAAGCUGAGAGAGAAAUUCGAGAAUUCAAGUAGGACGUAAAUUGGAUUUACUUUCGAUCUUCGAAGCAUUUGGAUUGCAUUCGGAGAUACCUUGACUCGGUCAUUCAGCAUGGCUGAGCCUUAUCAACGUCGCGCGAAGACGCGCACACCUGCGUGUGAGAAUACAUGGGAUGAGAGCAUAACGAAAGUAGUACAUCAUUCUUACCA